CGUCCUUCACUACCGUUAUUAAUUCCGAGCGCGCAAUAGGUAGUGCCUUCUCUACGACAAAAUUCUCUCACCCUAUUUACUCCAACUGAAGAAGAGACAGGCUUAUGCAUACCCUUUAAUUGACUCUAAAUAACGUAAAUAUGGAGCGGGCACUGCGCGGCAUAAGCGUAAACCAUUCCAAAAUGAGUUAUGUAAUGGCCAUGUGGGUACCUUGUUUUAGAGGGACUUCUCUCGGCCUCAACCGGUUCCAGUGUCGCGGGUAUCGUUCGUUAAAAGGGGUAUAUGGGUAUACCCCAGAGUGCUCUAAAGAAUUCUCACUGCCCAGUGACAUCAUUCAAAGGAGAGCUGAGGAGAGUAACCUAUUUCGUUUUAUCAGUUCAUAUCGUGAACAUGGACAUUUUCAAGCUCAGCUCAAUCCACUUAAAGCUAAUGAGAGAAUUUUACCUGAGUUGGAUCCAAAGCUCUAUGGACUGUUGGAUGGCAAGAAGUACAAUGUUCAAGGUCUGAUUGCUGGAGUAAAUGAAACAUGUAGCUUAGAAGAAAUUAUACAACUUUUAAAGAAAACGUAUUGUGGACACAUUGGCGUUGAAUUUUGUUAUUUACCAACCCAAGAAGAAAGGGAAUGGUUUGCAUCAGCUUUUGAAGCAAUACAUGAUGAACAACUAGCACCUGAAGAAUGCAUUAAUCUUGCAAAAGACAUGUUAGAGUCCCAAGCUUUUGACAGUUUCUUAGCGAACAAAUUUCAGAGUGUCAAGAGGUAUGGAGGAGAGGGAGCAGAGUCUAUGGUUGGCUUUUUCACUGAAGCAUUUAAAGGCUUAGCAGAAGCUGAUGUGCAAGAAGUUAUACUUGGUAUGGCUCAUCGUGGGAGACUCAACCUUCUUACUGGGAUUUUGAAAUACCCACCUGUUAUAAUGUUUCAGAAGAUGAAAGGGUUGCCAGAAUUUCCACCAGAUCUAAAAUUUACGGGCGAUGUUUUAUCACAUUUAGUAAAUUCUGUUGAUUUGGAGUUUGGAGAAAAAAAGUUGCAUGUUACAAUGCUACCAAAUCCAUCACAUCUUGAAGCUGUUAAUCCUGUAGGUUGUGGUAAAGCUCGUGCACGUGAAAGAAGUUUGAAUAAGAGUAGUCACAAUGAAAAAUUGCCUCAACUAUCGGAUAAAGUUGUCUGCAUACAGGUUCAUGGAGAUGCAGCUUUAGCUGGUCAAGGUGUCAUUCAAGAAACUUUAGCAAUGUCUAAUGUUCCACAUUACUCCAUAGGUGGUUCUUUACAUAUAUCUAUUAAUAAUCAGGUUGGGUACACUACUCCUGGAGAACGCUCAAGGUCGACAGUUUAUUGUACUGAUGUGGCAAAAAUGUGUGGUAUGCCUGUCAUCCACGUAAACGGUGAUCAACCAGAGUUUGUAAAAGCUACACGUCUAGCUUUGAGGUAUCAGAGGAAAUUCCGGCGUGAUGUGUUUGUGGACUUGGUGUGCUGGAGACGCUGGGGUCACAAUGAACUUGAUAAUCCACGAUUUACCAAUCCUUCUAUGUAUGCAAAUAUUGAUGCACGAAGGAGUGUUCCAGAUACUUAUGCAGAUAAUUUAGUGUCAAGAGGGUUGCUCUCUGCAGAGGAGGUGAAAAAAAUUACUGCUAAUCAUAAUGCAUAUUUGACCGAUCAGUUCAAGUUGGUGAACUCCUAUGUCCCCAAAGUACCUCAUUUUGAAAAGCAGUGGUCCGGAUUUGUUCAGGCUCCAUCUGCUGUUGAAGUUUGGGACACUGGAGUAGACAUGUCUCUUUUGAAAUAUUUGGGUGCUAAGUCUGUCAGCGUCCCCACCGAUUUUGCAGUUCAUCCCCACCUAAAGAAAACACACAUUGAAGCCCGCUUGAAGAAGUUAUCGGAAGGUGUUAGUCUAGACUGGGCAACUGCAGAAGCCUUGGCAAUGGCUUCUUUAAUACAUGAAGGGUACGACGUUCGCAUCAGUGGUCAAGAUGUUGGACGUGGAACAUUUUCUCAGCGUCACUGUAUGUUCAUCAACCAGUCUGAUGAUGAAAUGUAUAUUCCACUGAAUCACAUGAGCGAGAAACAAACUGCUCAUUUAGAAGUGGCAAAUAGCAUUUUGUCAGAGGAAGCCAUACUUGGUUUUGAAUAUGGGUAUUCAAUUGAAAGCCCUAAUACUCUAUGCAUAUGGGAGGCUCAGUUUGGUGACUUUUACAAUGGUGCUCAAAUCAUUAUCGAUACAAUGGUCAGCUCUGGAGAGAGGAAAUGGCUGUUGCAGAGUGGCCUUACAAUGGUUCUACCUCAUGGCUAUGAUGGUGCUGGUCCUGAACAUUCAUCAUGCCACAUUGAACGCUUUUUGCAAAAUUGUGAUUCUAGUGAAACUACUCCGGAUGGAGAGGAUGUAAACUGGGUCAUUGUAAACCCUACAACGCCUGCACAGUACUUUCACCUUCUGAGGAGACAGAUGGUGAGAAACUACAGGAAACCUAUUAUUAUCGCUGGUCCAAAGGUAAUUCUCCGUUUACCCGCAGCUACUUCCAGUUUAGAAGAUAUGGCUCCAGGAACACAUUUUUUGCCUGUGAUUGGUGACAGAGAAGUGAACCCUGAUAAUGUGAGGAAAGUUGUUUUUGUGAGUGGGAAGCAUUACUAUACACUAGCAGCAGAAAGAGAGGCCAAAGGUAUCAAGGAUACUGCUAUUAUUAGAUUAGAAUCUCUCUGCCCAUUUCCAACAAAUGAAAUAAACAGCGAGCUGGCCAAGUACAAAAAAGCUAAAAGCUUUGUCUGGUCUCAAGAAGAACAUCGUAAUAUGGGAGGCUGGUUCUUUGUGAACCCUAGGUUUGCAAACUUGUGUUCAACAAAGUUGCAGUAUGCGGGACGGGAUGUUUCAGGAGUAACAGCCGUUGGAGUAGGUCAAGUUCACAAGCAAGAAAAUGAGUCCAUCAUUAGUCAGACUUUUAGUUAAUGAACAUAUUUUUAGCUGUGUGGGUGCAUCACUACAGUAUAUGUAUGGUUGUAGUAUGUUGAAAUACAAAUAGGAGGUAAUGUAGUAUAUUUGACUUUAAAUAGCACACAGGCAAGACCAAGUAGAAAGUUGUCAAAACCUUGUUUUGCUAGCGUAAAUUUUAAAAAUGAAUAUCUCAAAUUGUGUGAAAGUAAAAGCCAUGAGAAAGCUGCAUGAUAAAAAAAAAUGCUAGUGCUUUGUCCAGAUCAACUUGUCACACAGAGUAAUUACAGAAAAUUGUUUGUGGAAUGAAAAGUAUUUCAAAUAUUUUUAGUGUACUAUUUAAUUGCAGCAUAUAUAGAUACAUAACGAUAUGUGGCAGAACACAGCUGCGAGUUCUUUCACCAUAAUUUCAAGGUAUUAUUAUGGGCAGCCUCCCAUGCACAUGCAUUUACAAUUCAGAACUAGAGGUCAUUAUUUUUAUGUUGCUUGCUGCUCUUUGUCCCAUUUGUAAAGCUACUUUUGGUCUCAGCAAAGUAUUGGAAUACCUCCUGUUUUCAAAGCCCCUUUUCUACAUAAGAAAUUUCAAAUUUCUUUAAAAGGCUUGUGGCUCAAGGAGCCGUUAAAAAAAAAUUACCUCAGUCACCAUAUAAUUCGUGUGCCAAACUUCUGUACAAUACAGUCAUGGUACUGUAUAUAAUUUAAGGGAACCGCUUACACCUACUUAAGAGCCUUAUCAGUUGUACAUCAUCAUUCACCUUCCCUAAUGUAGAUAUGCUAGUCUUUGUACAAGAGUAUCUCAGUUCAAGAGUUUUCAUAGCUGUGGAUAAAAAAUGUAACCAUAACACUAUCAUAAUGGCAUGGUUCCAAAUUUUCCAAGUGAAAAUGGUCCUGAUACUAUAAUGCCUGAAUUAUGAUUUUUUUUUUCUAUAAUUGGGCAUUUUUUUUAUAAUUGGGUGUUAAUGUAUAUAAGAUGUCAUAGGUAAAUAAUGCUAUGUUUGAUCCUUAUUUUUCUCAUGGUGAUGAUCAACAGUAAAAGUUUCAUAACUGAAAUGAACUCAUUCAAGUGAAUUUAUCAGUUAUAAAUUAUAGGCGUAAGUAUAAUUCUAAAAUUGUAUAAUUCUAAAACUGUAGAGAUAAAAAAAGUUUUGAAAAUAUUAAUAGUAGAGAUAUUCCUUUUAUUAACACGGCCAUUUUUUAACCAUUAUUAGAAUGAAAAAUGUCAUGAAAGAUUGAAGCACAUUACUUUACUAACAUUUGAAUAAAUACAAUGUGAAUGCAAUUCCUGAAUUAGAAGCCUCUCAGUGAUGCAAGUCAGGUGUUUAUAUAUGUUUAAAUCCAGAAAAAAAAUACUUACACUGAUAAUUCCAUUCUCAGUAUACUGUAUAGAUAAUCAGGAGAUUAUCUAUAUAUUCAGAAACCAACCUAAAAUGUCUUAAAGGCAGAUUGUCUGCUAGUGGAGCCCUUUCAUUGUUGGAAAGCCAGUAUAUAUAGUUUUUUAUGUAGUGCAGCCACUUUAUCAUGUAUAUUUUAUGGUCUUCCAGUUUAUAUGCAUGUGACAUUGUUGCAAGAAUUGCUAUAUUGUUCCUUUUGAUAUUUGAAGGAUAUCAGAUUUCUAGUUCCUGUAUAAAAAUAUUACUGUACGUAGAUGAUUAAGAUACUCAACAUUGAAAGGAAGAAAAACUAGAACCAAGAGAAUAGAAGAAGACUAGCUAGGUAGAAAGAUAUGAUAAUGUAAUAUAUUAGCACACUGUAGAAAUAUGACUUUUGAGUAAUACUUGUAGUACAAGUAGAAAGGGCUAAGUCUGACAGAAAUGCUAUGAAAAUACAAGGAGCAUGCUUCAGACCAGUUAGAUGUUCAAGGCUUUCAGUUGGCUUAUCCCCUUCAUAGUGCCUUCUUUUUUGGUGGAGAACCAAAACAUGAAACCAGUACCAAUGCAGCUUGUUCUUCUGAAUGAUCUGAAAAGAGGUAUAACUAUAAUAUGAAAUGAAUAUAUUACUUUAUAUAAUGUAGUGAGCGUAGUAUACUAGUCAAGGUGUAAGGGGAAUCUUGUUUUUUUUUUUCUUUUAAUUAUAUUUACUGACAAUAGUUUUUUCUGAAGUUGAAAUUAAAUUAUUUUUUUU